AUGGCGAUGCGGCUGCGCCGCUACGUCACGGGCCCGGGCCCCGCGGGCCAGGAGUGCAAGGAGAGCUUUGCAUCCUACAGUUGGCUCAUCCGUGGGCGGCUGGGUUUGGAGCCCUUGCUCCGGGCCGAACUGCAGAUGCUGCAGAUGCAGCGGACUCCAGGUCAGGAUUCUUCCGUGAUUUUAGGAGGCGCCAGACAAGAGCCGAAGACCGGCGGCGCCUUUGAAUCACCUGAGGGCCUCGAGGCUGAGGGUCUUGUGGAAGUCUUGGGUCCCUGGAAUGUCUUGCAUUGGAUCUUGGGAUGCAGGCUGGCACAGAGCAUCUGGGUUCGAGUUGGGGAGCCUUUUGACUGCGAGACGCCGCAGCAGUUGGAGGAGGCCCUGGCGGAAGUUCCUUGGGACCACUUCCUGGCCCCAAGCCAACCGCUUCGGACUGCCGCUUGGGAACGCCAAAGCCGCCUCAAUGCCGAGGAGCUCUUGUCUGCUCUAGAGGAGCGAGCGCCGCGCCGAGAAGCUUCGGGCCCAAGUCGCCGUCCCUGCCUCCUGCGUGCCGUGCUCUUUCGAAACCGCUGCUCCUUGGAGCUGCUCUGUGCUUCCCGCCUGGGCCUUCGCGAAGUGCACCGGAGCCUGGAACGAGCGGAGGAGGCGGAGCCACGGCCCACAGCUCCCACAUGGAUGCUUGCGUCGGCAGUACAACAGUUGAAGGAAUCUGAGCCCAAGGCUGAGAGAAAGGAAGCCAGGAAGCAGGCAGUGGAUGGCACCUUCGUCGCUGCCCUCGUGUCGCAGCUGCGCCUCUCAGAUGGCAUGGUUGUGUGGGACCCGUUCUGUGGGAACGGACAGGUUCUCUUGGAGCUCUUGUCCGCCAUGCUGCAGCUUCCACCCGUCAAAGCCACCGACCGGCUUCCGUGCGCCAAGCUACGGCCUUGGCAAGUGGAAGCAGUCAAAUCCUCCAGCAUGCUCAGAAGGCCGGCAGCCAGCGACGUGACUUUCGUGGGUUCAGACCGGAGCAUGGAGGUCGUCCAAGAUGCACGAAAGCGGCUGCUCCACUUCUGCGACUUCUACAAAGGGGAGCUGCAGGAGCUGAAGAAGUGGAACCGGAAAGAGGUCACGGGGCGCGAAGGGCCCGAGCGGCCCGAGCAGCUCGAGCCGGCCAAGCCCAGACUGCUGCAGGGUCCCACCAUCCUGGAGCCUGAGGAGAGCCGACAAGACAGCGCCGCAAACCGCGCCGCCACGGCCCCCCAAAGCUCCUUGAGGCGCAAGAAAACUCCGAAGCUCCGAAAGGCCGGCCUCGAAGGCGACGUGCCCAACCCUUCGGACCCGGACGCUGCCGCUGCGGCCGCUGCAGCUGCUGCGGCGGCUGGGGCAGCUAGGGCGUCCGUUCGGGAGAGGGCCUUCAGUUCGAGAGAAGAAAGGCUCGGAAAUCUCCUUCCCUCGAACCUGGAGGUCUCCUUGAACGUUUCGAGCUUUGAGGAGAUCGCCCCUUUCCUAUCUGGAUGCGUGAUUCUGACAAAGAUGCCAAGCGAAAGUCGAGGCCUGGGCCCCACGGCCGAGGCUGCGUCGCUCUACCGGCGCUUCGGCCACUUGUUGAAGGCACGCGAGAAAUUCGUCCAAGGCGCCUACGUCCUCGUCGGCGACUCCUCCUCCGUCUUCCGACGGCAGACGAAGCUCCCGUGGCAAUCCUUGUGCCGUUUCCGAUCCGCCAGCGGCUGCGUCUGGCAGCUUCUGCACUGGGCACCUGGUGUCGGCCAGGGCGAAGAUGGGAGCGGGCGCCGCGCCGCGGCCAAAGAAAGCCCCGCUUCCACCGCCAAGCCGGCCACGAGCACAACACCUGAAAGGCUCGGCAAGAAGUCCAUCGACUUUCCGGUGAAGCUGGACGUCCCUGGAGGAGUGCCCGUUCACUUGUACACAGACGACAUCGACGAGAAGACAGAGCAGCAGCUCCGAGACCUCUCCCGAGCCGGCAUCGCCGUGGGCUAUGUCGCCGCCAUGCCGGAUGUGCAUCUUGGCAAGGGUGCCACCAUCGGCUCGGUCUUUGCGUCCCGGGACUAUGUCUGUCCCAACGCGGUUGGGGUGGACAUUGGCUGCGGCAUGUGCGCCGUGCCGGUGUCGGGCCCGUUGUUGCGACAGGACCUGUCUGAAAAGGAUCUCCUCGCUAUCCAAAGCGGUCUCAGGAGCUCCAUUCCGACUGGCUUCGAGUACCACGGUCAGAGCACCUCUGCCAUGGAGGCAACUUCAAAGAAGCUGAUGUCCCAGCAUUCGCCCACAAGAUGGCUGAGGGACACCUUCGGCAGCCGACACACGAAGCAGCUGGGCACGCUCGGCGGUGGCAAUCACUUCGUGGAGCUUGUCUACGACGAGGAGGAUCGUGUGUGGAUGAUGCUGCACAGCGGCUCCCGCAACAUCGGCAAUGUCACGGCGCAGUACUACGACAAACUGGCCGCCAAGCAGUGCAACGGGCGCCCCGAAGCACUGGCCUACCUGAGGAUCGAAUCCCCAGAAGGUCGGCAGUACUUGACCGACAUGACAUUUUGCCAAGCUUACGCCUGGGAGAACAGGCGCUUCAUGAUGGAGUCCUUUGCAAAGGUCAUCAAGAAGCUGACGCGGCGUGAUGCUCUCUGGGAUCGGAUGGUUAACAUCCAUCACAACUAUUGUGAGUGCGAGCAGUGUAGGUACCUGGAUCCUGCCACCAAGAGGUGGAAGGAGGAAAAGCUUUGGAUCACUCGAAAAGGGGCGACCAGCGCGAAAGCCGGACAGCUGGGCAUCAUCCCGGGAAGCAUGGGAACCGGAUCGUACAUCGUGCGUGGCAAAGGAGAGGCCGACUCUUGGCAGUCUUGCUCUCACGGCGCCGGCAGAUCCAUGUCCAGGGCGGCUGCCUUCAGGAACAUUGAUCCCAAGACGUUCGCUGGCCACAUGCGAGACCGCGGGAUUGUUUGGGACGUGAAGUUUGCCGACAAGGUUCGAGAUGAGGCGCCAAUGGCCUACAAGGACCUGAACACCGUGAUGCAAAACCAGCAGGAUCUCGUGGAGGUAGUGCAUCACCUCCAGCCCCUCAUCAACAUGAAGGGCUGGUGA